AUGCCUUUGCAGAAUCGACGCAAAGGGGAUGAAGACAGCACGGACGAUAGCGACGACGAUUGCGUUCCAUCGGAACAUAUGGAAGUCGAGGAGGAAGGAAGUGAAUGUGGCGAAGCCGAUCUGGAGCCGAGCAGCGGCGGAGACACUAAUUUGGAUGUUGGAAAACGGAAGAGAAAGCGCAAAAUUUGCGUGAAAGCUAACAGUCGAGGGAAAAAGAAAAGCAAAUACGGGGAUGAUUUGGACAAUAAUGAUAAUGAUGAGACCACGAGCAACGAGACUCGCGUUUGCAUGCCGAAGAAACCCACGACAGCCAUAGCUGUCCACAGUUUUAAAGCUCCAGCUUCCAGAGUUUCCUCGGACAAGGAGUAUUCACAAUCCUCACCCAGCCCUAACCUUAAUGACUCCAGUUCGAACAGAGGCUCGGCAAUGGACGACAAGAACGGCAGCGGGCGUGUGUCUUCUACGUCUCGAGAUUCCACAACAUCAGUCGUUGCUCCUUCCUCUUCGCAGAAUGCCAGCUCAUCGAAGGCGCCUAGUGGUCCCUUGACGGGACUGGGAUCAGUAUUCGCGAAGUUAUCCGGCAAGAAGAAAAUGUCUACAUUGGAUAAAUCUCAGUUUGAUUGGAAAAAGUAUAAAAAUGACCACUGCCUGGACGAAGAUUUAGCUCAGUUCAAUAAAGGCAAAGGGGGAUAUUUGGACCGGAAAGAAUUCCUUGAACGAACCAAUCUUCGGGAAUAUGAAUAUGACCAGAAUGUCAAGUCCAGUGGGUCGCGACGUUCUACCAUGUCGCAAUUCAGAGCUCGGUUCGGUAUAAACGAUCCAGCCAGCCCUAGAAUCAUGGUAUUUCGCCCUACCUGGGAUGAAUUUCGUGAUUUUCCGAGCUUUAUUCACUCAAUCGAGUCGGAGUGCAGUGCACACCUUGGCGGUGUUGCUAAGAUAAUUCCCCCUAAGGAAUGGAGGCCCCAUCCGGCUAAAUUUCCCUCAGUUCAUAACCUUUUAAUUCCAAAGCCAAUACAGCAGCGUGUGCAGCAAACUGGCCAUACUGGCGCUUUUCUUUUCAACCUGAAGCAGGAGAGUCCGUUCAAGCUAGCCCUUGAUUAUUUAGAACUGGAAGAAUAUUUUUGGCGUCAUAUUCCUAAUUAUGAUCCUAUUUAUGGCGCCGACGUACCGGGAUCCCUUUUUGAUUCUUCUGUUGAGGAAUGGAAUAUCUCCCGUUUGCCGAACCUGUUGGAACUGCUUCCCCAGAAAUAUCAGGGAGCAAACACACCAUACUUAUAUUUUGGGAUGUGGCGGGCCUUUUUCGGGUGGCACACGGAGGACAUGGAUCUGUAUUCGAUUAAUUUCAUUCACCGUGGCGACGACAAGUUUUGGUAUGGUGUGAGUCCAGCGGCUAGAGAUGUUUUCGAGGCUGCUGCUGCUAGACUGUUCAAGAAGGAUGCAGCGUUGUGCCCAUCUUUUUUGCGUCAUAAACGAUGCCUGAUUAAGCCCUCGGUUUUGAAACAAGAGAAGAUUCGUUACGACACCGUUAUUCAAAGCGAAGGGGAAAUAAUUAUUACUUUUCCUGGUGGAUACCACGCAGGUUUCAACUGCGGUUUGAACGUUGCUGAGUCCACGAAUUUUGCUACUUCUCGGUGGAUAAAGUUUGGUGAAGCAGCUAAAUUUUGUACCUGUUCGCCAAAUGCCAUCCACUUCCCCAUGGAUCCUUUUCGUAAAUACCAUUCGGUUGACUGCUCAAAUGAAGUUCUGACCAACAGCGACAUUCUGUCUGGUGGUUUUGCCCCAGUCACCGCCGGUAUGGAUUCUAACGCUUGUGAUCUCCUCCCACCCGUGAAUCUCGACACUAUUGAUCUACCUCCUCCCCUACAUAUUGAUCUCGACUUCAAUGCUGAUCUUCCUCCUCCACUUCCCGCGGAUCUCGACUUCGAUGCUGAUCUUCCUCCUCCCCUUCCCGCGGGUUUAAGUAUAUUUUAA